AUGCUCAAGUUUUCCAGAAAUUAUGGAUUCAAAGCUGUCAAACGGGAUUUCCAGCUUUUGCCUGAAUUUAAGCUGAAAUGCGGCCUUGAAAUACAUACGCAACUGAACACACGACAUAAGCUCUUUUCUUACUCUACAAAUGAUGCGUUCGCCUCUGCCAACCUUCCUAAUCACCAUGCAUCGUUCUUUGAUGUUUCACUGCCGGGAACGCAGCCGAAAUUAAAUUUGGAGGCGAUUCUAUACGCUACUCGGUUGGGUCUCGCACUGAAGAGUAACAUUAACUUGAACUCGCAGUUUGAUCGAAAACAUUAUUUUUACGGGGACCAGCCCUUAGGAUUCCAGAUUACGCAGCAUUUCAGUCCAUUUGCUCGCGGGGGGUCCGUGGAAUUGACGAAGGUCUUGAACGGCAUCGAUCAGGAACAGAUACAAAUUGAUAUAACGCAAUUACAGAUCGAACAAGAUACAGGCAAAUCCGUCUACAAAGAUUCUGAAAAGGUUUCACUAAUAGAUCUCAAUCGUUCCAAUGUGCCCCUGAUAGAAAUGGUUACGGAGCCAUGUUUUUCCGACCUCAAGCAAAUUCGAUCUUUUAUCAAAAAGUACCAAAAUCUGGUGAGGCACCUUGGAAUUUCCACUGGUGAUCUCGAAACCGGCGCUAUGAGAGUAGAUGUCAAUCUAUCCGUGAACAAUCAUUGUCGGGUUGAAUUGAAAAAUCUUCCCAACACCAGUUCUAUCAUGAACGCAAUAAAAUUCGAGUAUGAAAGACAGGUCGACAUAAUACGAAAUGGGCUAGCCAAAACUUUACUGGCAGAACCAGAAACUCGAGGCUGGGAUGGAACAUCGACGGUCAAAUUAAGGAGUAAGGAAACCUCGAUAGACUACAGGUACAUGCCAGACGCUGAGUUACCGCUGGUACGACUAUCCGCUGAUGCAGUUGCCCGUGUGAAGGCGUCUUUGCCCGUUCUACCAGACGAAACGAUAAAGCUGUUGAUGGAGAAACCUUACAGACUGUCUUUGAAGGAUGCUAAGAUUUUAACAUUAAAUGCAAGCGGUCAUGGCCAGCAAUAUACACAGAAAGAGCUGUUAGACUUCUAUCUACAAGCCUUCAACUCUGCCCUAGAGAACAAUGGAGAAAAGGCAAAUCAGAGGCUAUUGACUAAUUGGAUUAUUCAUGAGCUUUUAGGUGACCUCAAUAGACUGGGUUUGCCAUUGCGUGAAGCAAUCGCGGUUGUUCCGCCUACCAAAUUCGCUGAGCUCGUAACCUUAAUUCAGGAAGAGAAGAUUUCCAAUGCUAGUGGUAAGCUCUUAUUAUUUCACAUUCUUGAGCAAACGAGAGAUGGAUCAUUGACCCAACCUGCGGAUCUUCACGGUAUAAUAGAAAAAUUUGAUCUUGGUGCACGCAGUGUGGUCGACGAUGAAGAGCUUUUGAAAGUAUGUUCAGAGAUUCUGUCCUCAGUGACCGACCCAAUGAUGCUUUCUGGAAUCACUUCAGGGAAGCGAAAAAAUUCUUUGAAGUACCUCGUUGGCCAGGGAAUGCGCCUAUCACAAGGACGAGUCAAAGCAAAGUUGUUCGAAGAUACAUUCAAAAAACUUCUGAAUGCUAAUUGGUGA